GCAAUAUAGCCAGGGGGUUGUAACAAUACAUCGACAUACUUAAUUAACUCAAAGCCCGUGGUCAACACACGUUGAUAUUAAAACAAUUAACUAUUGCUUCCGACAGACAGUUUGCCUUCUGACCCAAAUCGUCUUCCGUAGCCUUCGCUAAAAAGUUCUCGUUUACGCACGCGCCGUGAGUCAGUGUGAGAAAAUGGCAGACGUCUCUUUGGAUGAAGUGAUACGACAGCGCGGUAUUAAUCUCAAGGCACCAGCUAAACGACCCAUGUUCGGACGGGGUGCCGGAGUGCUUAAAGAAACUCCCGCUUCUUUCAGACCCAUGUUCGGACGGGGUGCAGGAGUUGGCAAGAGUUUUGACGCUCGGCAAAAGAUUGGGGCCAAUGAUGUCAGACAGCGGCUUGGAGCAGGUUUUCAAGUAAAAGAUGCCAGAGAGAAGCUGGGUCAGAAGGAUGCUCGCUUUAAAAUCCGGGGCAGGGGUGGAGCAGGUGGAGUGCAGGAUGCUCGCCAGAUGAUCAACUCACGCAAGCAGGGGCAGAAUCAAUUCAGCCUCCCUGCGCAGACCACGCAAAAGAUGGCAGCGACACACCAUCUGCAGAGCCAGACACUUGUGCCACAGAUACAGAUACACGCCAGCAACAAUCUUGCCAGUGUGAACUCAAGGCAGUUUAACUCUAAUGUACAAGGACUGAGUGCGAGGGGCGGCGCAGUGCCACAUCCAAGCAAUAAUAGGAGAAUGAUGGAUGCUCGUGACAGGCUGAGCCUCAAGAGGAGCAUUGGAGGGACACAGACACAGUCAGCUGUUGCACCACCUCUAAAAAUAACCAAGACCAUCCAGCAACGUCCAGGAGCACUAGGGAUGUCAACUGGAAUACGUGGAACCCCAAUGCUUCUCUCAAAUGAGCAUGAUGGCGCCCACAGUAAUCACAUAAAGACGGCUAAUAACAUGCUACAGUCACGGCCUGGUUCAGUGGGCUCCACAUUCUCUAUGUCAGGCCCAAUCACCAAGGUGGUUAAAAAUGAUACCUACACGGCCCCACGUCCUCCUGUCCCCGUGGCCCCCACCCGGCCCAAUACCAGCAUGGCUUCUACCCGGUCCUCCGCUGCAGCCUUACAACCGGUCUCCAGGACUCUCCAGCAACGCACAGCAGAAACCAGCACAGCAGCUCCUCCUCCCCUUCAGCCUACUUUCAGUCCCUUGGAGGGGACCAAAAUAACAGUGAACAACCUGCACCCCCGAGUCACUGAGGAGGACAUAGUUGAACUGUUCUGUGUGUGCGGGGCCUUGAAGCGAGCACGGCUUGUGAAGGUGGGCGUGGCUGAAGUAGUGUUUGUGCGUAAAGAGGACGCCGUGAGCGCAUACACGAAGUACAACAAUCGCUGCCUGGACGGGCAACCCAUGAAGUGUAACCUUCAUAUUCAGGGAAAUGUCAUCACUUCGGAUCAGCCCAUUCUAUUGAGGCUCAGUGACACUCCAGGCGCUAGCAGCGGCACAAAGAAAGACGGUCUGCCCCCCUCCUUGUCUCGCCCCCUCGGUCAGCGAGCCUCCUCUCAGCCCACUCCAGAAGUGGACCCUCAGACCAUCCUCAAAGCUUUGUUCAAGUCCACCACACAGUCCACCUCCACCACUGAGCCCCCCAGCUCACAGGCCACUGCCUUUAGCAUCAAGAUUUAGCUUGUGUCUCGUGUGAAUACACUGUCGUCUGUUUAUAAACAUAUUGCUACAUUCUCCGUGUUCACAUGCAAACUGCGGUUUUUCAUCUUGACACCAGGCAGCCCACGUUCUCUCAUAAGAAACCGAUUUUUACACAUUUGAUAUACAUGACUUCUCUGAAGAGGAAAUUCGUGAAUACGCAAAAUCGUGUUCUCGGUUUUAUGGCAUCCAAUUGUUAACCUAUUUGUUCCUGAUAUGGACUAGUGGAAGGAAAUGUGAUGUGAUUUGUUGUUUUAAUCUAAUGUGGUGGCGGAUGCCAAAUCAAACUGGAUGUGUAGGGUUUUCUUUAAAUCUGUCAAUUCAAUAACAGCCCAUUUGGAUAUGUUGGGUUUUAUUUUUUUAAUACUCCAGUUUAUCUCUACCCAUCCUUGUGUCCCCCUUCAAAAAAAUGGGCAUGGAAAAGAAUCUUAGAAAAGGAAUUGACACACAAUGAGAAGCGUUGUCAUUAUUGAGAGAAACAUUUUGUUUAAGGCUCUGUAUUACCACCCAGAUGUGUGCUGUUAUGUUGCAUGUGCCUCUUUUUUCGCAUUUUUUUUUUGUGUGACCAUAGAAAUAAAUUAGAAUAUAGACCAAACUAAAAGUAGAAGAAUCGGGUAAGGCAGGAUAAUGAAGCUAUUCUACGUAACUUCAACCUGAAAAGAGGUCUUUCUCGCCAAAAUGGCCAAAAACACUUGGGUGAGUAAACCGGGGACUGACCGCAACUAUAAUGCCACAUUUUCAAUGUCAAAUUAUGUUGAUAUUUAGUUUUUACCAUCCUUUUGGCAACCAGAUUCUUGUGUGCGCUAUAUGCGACUGGUUUUACUUGGUUGGUUGACUUUAAAGCAGUACAUGUGUAAUUCUUCCCUAGUAUACAUUGCACCUGAUUUAUGUUCAAAGACUGUAAAUUACUUUCUGUUGCUUUCUGAAUCAGUCAAGAGACUAGAGAGGUCAGAGCUGUCUGUGAAAUGUCGCCAUUAAAUAUUUAGCUUUGUA